AUGGCAAGACAAACCACCUUCUUUAAUUCAACUAUUUGGAAAACAAUUAAAUCGAUUUUCACCGGCGAACGUACCUAUCGAUGUAUUUUAAAAGGUUAUGAGGCGGAAGAUAUGUUUAGGGGAACACGAUAUCAUGAAGAAAUUAGCAAGAAUAAUUCAAACCACCAAUCACUUGAAUCUCAUGCUACAAUAGUACAGCUAGAGAUGACUGUAGAAUGGUUUCAAGAAAAUAUUAAAGAUGUAAAAGGGCAUGAACAAUUAAGAAUUAAUUUCGUUCAGAUCAAGAAUAUUGCAUAUAAAAAGAAAUUCUUGCCAUGUGAUUCUUAA